AUGGGACAAGUUGACGGAUUCUCAAACUUUGACAAUGUUGGCACUAGCCAGUCCAAAAGGCGUAGAAGAAAGAGAAACUGGGAUACUCCAGAUGAAUCUGCCACUCUUGGAGAAUUAAAGGCCAAGAGCGCCGAGGAAGAACAAAAAAGAAGACAAAAGAGAUUAUAUAUCGGAAAUCUACCACAUGGUAAGCUCAAAAGUUGUAUCAUAGGAUGGAAGUCCAUUGUUGUUGCACGAUUUAAGGGAAUAUGCUGA